AUGAGCCUGGUCAAAAGAAACUCUAUCAUUUGCCUCAAAGCCCCUGGGGAGGCCGAGGCCGAAUGCGCCGAGAUGCGGCGGUUGGGGCUGGUGGACGCUGUGUGGUCCGAGGACAGCGACACGUUCCUGUUUAAAGGCACCGCCAUGCUCCGAUUCCACAUCGAGGCGGAUGGCUCAAAGAGUAACACGCAUGCCCGAUUACACCAAAUGGACAAGAUCGCCGAGAAGGCUAAGGGUAUGGACUGGAGAAACCUGGUGCUCUAUGCCAUCAUCGUUGGUGGUGACUACGACCCCAAAGGACUUGUGCAAUGUGGACCGAAACUUGCACUGGAAGCAAUCCGACAGGUUCACGGUUUGAAACUAGCGAGAGCAUUCGAAAAAGGAGAUAUGACCGCCUGGCGGCAAAAGUUCAAGCAAUUCCUCGAGCACCAAGGGACCCACGUCCUUCCCCCUAUUGGUUUUCCCAGCACGGAUUUGCUUCGGAACUACAUCAAACCAAAGGUCUCUAGUGAGCAGGAGCUUCGAUCUGGCCUGUCUUGGAACUCACGAGUGAACAACGUGGCUAUUCGGAACGUCAUUACUUCCCCCUACAAUUUCAGCGUACAAGAGAAUAUCAGCUGGGUGGUCUGCAUGCUUCUCGCGAGGAGAUUGCUCCUCCGCGACAGACUUGACGAGCUGGCACUGGAGUUCGUGAGGAAAGUCUCAUCCAAGGACUCGGGAAACAUUCCAAUGUCAAAGGUCUCGUUCCUACUUCCCGCCAUCAUGCCGAGACAUCUUCUGGAGAGCUGGCCCAUGAAGAUCACAAAGGCAGCCUCCCGCAUCAGAUCGAUAUAA